GGUAUCUGAGUGUCAGUACGUUAUCGCUUGUGUCGUCUGCUGGUCAACAUGGCGGUUAUGAAAGUGGAGUACACAGCGGAUGGAUUCGCCAUCAUUACUAUGCAAAAUGGGGAAAACAGACUCAACCAAACCUUCAUCAAUGAAAUGACAAAAAUUCUAGAUGAUAUUGAAAGAAAUAAAGACGUGAAGGCAGUUAUCACAACCGGAGAAGGGAAGUUCUAUAGCAACGGCCUUGACCUGAAGUGGAUGACAUCAGAGACAGAGGAUGUGGUCAACAACUUUCGGAAAAACCUCGGGAAUUUACAAUGGCGUCUCACGCAUUUUCCUCUCCCGACGGUAGCACUGCUUAAUGGGCAUACAUUUGCUGGAGGAGCAUUUAUUGCAGCCGCGCAUGAUUAUCGUGUAAUGAACUCAAAACGAGGCUGGAUAUGUUGGAAUGAGGUACACCUUAAUCUCCGGUUAGCACAGGAUGCUUUAGAUCUACUUCGUUAUAAAUUCGGUCACAUGGCUGCCAUAAGGGAAGCUGUCUUGUUUGCCAAACGGGUUCCAGCCAAAACAGCCGUGGAGCUAGGAAUAGUGGAUUUGGCAGUCGAGCCAGAUAAUCUUCUCAAAGAAGCCAAACAGAUGGCUAUUAAAGCUUUAGGGCCGAAUGGAAUAGACCGCGGGAUGCUUCAGACCAUGAAGAAAGAUUUGUACCCACGACUUAAUGCUAAACUGAUAUCGAUAUCAAAUGUUCAGAAACAUUUCGUUUCUGUAGGACAUGCGUUUGCUGGAGGAGCGUUUAUUGCAGCUGCGCAUGACUAUCGUGUAAUGAACUCAAAACGAGGCUGGAUAUGUUGGAAUGAGUUACAUCUUAAACUCGGGUUAGCACAGGAUUCGUUAGAUCUACUUCGUUAUAAAUUCAAUCACAUGACUGCCAUGAGGGAAGCUGUCUUGUUUGCCAAACGGGUUCCAGCCCAAACAGCUGUGGAGCUAGGAAUAGUGGAUUUAGCAGUCGAGCCAGAUAAUCUUCUCAAAGAAGCCAAACAGAUGGCUAUUAAAGCUUUAGGGCCGAAUGGAAUAGACCGUGGGAUGCUUCAGACCAUGAAGAAAGAUUUGUACCCACGACUUAAUGCUAAACUGUAACUGUUGGUAUAUUGUUUAACUGGUGGCAUUUUGUGUUGGGGUAUAAUAUCUAACUAUUAAGUUACACAGAUAU